AUCUUUCUUUCACAGUAGUAAUUAUUAGUUCAAUCACAGGUACAAGAAAAGUACCAACAUGAUUGGAUCUCAUUGAAUGACCAAUGACGUCAUGCUAGCAACCUGUCUGAUCAAGCACAUUCGGCCGGCUCGGGUUACUUUGAUCAACUGAUAGAGGAUAGCUGUCUUGUUAACAGAAAUAAUGAGAAACAAAAUAAGGAUCGCCGGGUCAUUAGUUGUUACAGUGAUGUAGUUACGGAUUUCAAACUUGAAGUCAGAGGUAUGCUGCCGAAAAUAAAAUGACGAAGAACCAGGAAAUGAUCUGUUUUACACUUCACAGCGUUUGAUGCUGGAGCUUUAUAUACACGCUCAGUAUCACUUCACAACAGUCCAGCUCGCUGAUAGAAAAGGAUUCAACGACAGAAAUGAAUGGACAACUUAAGUCAUACUAAUUAAGUCAAGUUGUAGGUUGUACAAUUUGUUGUCCAGAAACAGCGAGACUAAAACAAAGAAGACACCAGAAAUCUAAACCUAGUUUCUGUUCCAUCCGUGGCAACCAAUGGAUUUGACUGAAAAUGAUUCAAACUACGGGGACUGGAUGUCUGCUUUGUCCGAAGAGCUGUGGGACUUACCUCUGUCAAAUCUCGCCAUCCCAGGCAGUCAUGAUACCAUGAGUUAUUGUCUGGACAUCACCUCACCUUUGGUUAGAUCGGAGUCAGACACCUUUAGGAUUUUGGAUGGUCUCUUCUACUGUGUUACGCGACCUGCUAUUUACAGAUGGGCUACAACACAGGAACAAGGCAUUGUCGAACAGCUCACAGCCGGCAUCCGCUACUUCGACUUAAGGAUAGCCCACAAACCUCGUGACAUAUCAAACGAUCUGUACUUCUUUCACGUCAUAUACACACACGUAACAGUCCUGGACACUCUGCAGGAAAUUGCAAGCUGGCUUGACUCUCAUCCCAAGGAGAUUGUCAUUUUAGCCUGCAGGAACUUUGAAGGGCUCAGUGAGAAACUCCACGAAGCGUUUAUUUACUCUCUCAAGAGGACGUUUGCCACGAAACUGUGUCCCCGCACGGAGGCUGUGGUGACCCUUCGGCAGCUGUGGAACCUCAAGUACCAGGUGGUUCUGUCCUACGAUGACCAGACAGCAGCGCGGCACAAUGAGCUCUGGCCUGCCAUCCCUUAUCUGUGGGCGAACCAGCCGACGGCAGAGGGGCUGCUCGACUACCUAGAAUGGGAGAAAUCACUGGGACGCCCAGACGGGUUCUUUGUGGCUGGCCUGAACCUGACAGCCGGUCGCUGUUUCAUCACCUCCAACCCUAAUGAGUCACUCCGCUCCCUGAGUGUGAAGAACUGGGACAGCGUGAGGGAGUGGCUGAAGGAGCAGAUGCCUGGGCAAGGCCACAGCAGCCUCAACAUCAUCGCUGGAGACUUCGUGGGCCUGAUUCCCUUCUGCCACCUGAUCAUCGCUCUGAACAAAAAACUGAUCAGUUCCCAGUCAUGGUGACUGAGGACAUGCUACGAAUAGGAUUUUUUAAAUCAUUACUAGAAGAAGGAAGUAUCUGAUCUCCAAAUCAGACAUUACAGUGCAAUAUUUGUAACAUCACAUUUUUUUAUUGAUGAAUAUUUUUUUUUUACUCAGACUCUUUUUGAGCUUCAUGAUGCAUUUCAGAUAAAUAUAUGGUCAUGUGAACAUGGGCCAAACAGGGACCUUUGACAUAACAUAACCUGUUUUUUAAAGGCAGGGAAGUCUAAGGUAUGCCAGACAUAAGACACCUCAUUCACUCUCUGCAAACAAAUGAAAUGUCAAAAGAGAACCACUGUCACUGUGAUUGUAUUCUCCACUAGUCACUUUACUGUUACAUUUUCACCUCAGAAAUACAUUGUUUGUCCAUUUUAAA